AUGACGAUAAGAGAAUUUAAAUAGUGGUUUGGUUCUCUCAUCGCAUCAGUCUGUAUUCAAGAGUCUUUCAGAGUACACAUUUAUCUUCGGUGAUAAAAUUUGAUUUCUUCAACAUGAGAUUAAACUCCGUUAUUCCAAAUUUCAAAGCCGAGACCACUCAAGGUCCAAUUGAUUUUUACGAAUGGCAAGGCAAUUCAUGGGUAGUUCUCUUCUCUCAUCCUGCCGAUUUUACACCAGUAUGUACGACCGAAUUGGGUCGUAUUGCUGUUCAUCAGCCACAUUUUGAACGUCGUAAUGCUAAACUUUUGGCUCAUUCUGUAGACAAGCUUAAAGAUCAUGUCGAUUGGGUGAACGAUAUCAAAUCUUAUUGUCGCGAUAUUCCCGGAGCAUUCCCGUAUCCGAUAAUCGCUGAUGCAGAUAGAACUUUAGCAGUACAACUCGAUAUGAUAGACGAGGACAGUAAAGAUGAUCCGGACACUGCUCAAACUGUUCGUGCACUUUAUAUAAUAAGUCCUGAUCACCGAUUACGUUUGUCAAUGCAUUAUCCAACUUCUACUGGACGUAAUGUCGAUGAAAUAUUACGUGUGAUUGACUCUCUACAAUUGGUCGAUAAAAAACCAGAAGUUGCAACGCCAGCCAAUUGGACCCCUGGUGAAAAAGUCAUGAUCCUUCCUACCGUAAAAGAUGAAGAUUUACCUAAACUAUUCCCGAAAGGAGUCGACAAGGUUUCCAUGCCGUCAGGCAAAGUUUACGUUCGUACAACUACAGAUUAUUAAAAUAUUAAAAUGAUAAUAUAUAUAUAAUAAUGAUUAUAUACGUGCCAUUCUUUUGUU